AUGCCGAAAUACUACUGUGAUUAUUGCAAGUCUUACCUCACCCAUGACUCCACUAGUGUACGGAAGUCACAUUUAAUUGGAAAAAACCAUAUCAAGUAUGUCUGCGACUACUAUGAGAGGGAGGCAAUAAAUUUGGGGAUAUGGAAUUUUGAAGAUGACGUAAAGAUCAUCACCAUGGACGAUGUUUAUGGUAUUGGUGCGCCAGGAGCUUUUGUGCCGAGCUCUUACAAUGGUGAAAAUAAUGAGCCAGAGGAAACAGAAUAUCAUGGGAGACACCAGCAAAAGAAAAAUGAGGUGAAGCCAAAUUAUAAUGAUGAAAAGACCCAAGAGAGUUUGCCGAAAGAUAUCUAUACCUUGGGCGAUUCUUUCAGUUUAAGCAUACCUCUUUCGCUUCCUUCUAUGCCUAACCCUCCCCCUAGUGUUUUCAGAUACUCGAAUAACUAUACAGACAAAACUUUGAUGCCACUAAAGUCAACAUCUGGUUACAUGACCCCAGACCAUGUUGCCAAAAUGGGUCAGAUUAACAAUAAGGGCAGCCAAGGCAAUGAUGGUGACUUUUCUGCUGCGACUAGCUCCACGUCAGGUCAAAAUAAAUUCACUCCAAAACAGUAUGGACAUGGAUACAAUAACUACAACAAAUAUGGAGGGGUUCAGAAGUUCAAUGCCAAUCAUAAUAAUAAAUUCAGGAAUAAUUACGGGGUAGGGGGAAGGAGUUUUACACAAAAUAGCUUCAAUAAAGGUGGAUACAAUAACAACAAUAAUUUCAAUAAGAAUAACAAUAAUUUCAAUAAUAAUAACAAUAACUUCAAUAAUAAUUUCAAUGCUGAUCACACGAAUAAUAUCAACUCACAUAACAAUGAUGCUCUGAGUAAUAAUAAUUUCAAUGGCGGUGGAUUCAAUCAAGGAGGAUACCAGAGAAAAAAUUUCAACAAGCGAGAUUUUAGUAACAAUAGACAGAACUAUGCUGGUCGUGGGGGUCAUAAUAACUAUCGAAGAUAA